AUGUCUGUCGAGAUUGAUCCCCAGGAGCUUGGCUUUCGGCGUCCCUUCACCGUCGAAGUCUCGCAGAUCCUACGGAUCAAGAACCCCAACACCACGCCUGUAGCUUUCAAGGUCAAAACCACAGCUCCCAAGCAGUAUUGCGUCCGGCCCAACUCUGGCCGCAUCGAGCCCGGUCGCGAUGUCGAAGUCACUGGUAUGAUAUGCCCCGUCGUCUCGGAGCUCCGAACCGUGGCGCAGGCUGUUGCUAACGGACCCCCAGUGCUCCUCCAGGCGAUGAAGCAGGAUCCUGCCCUCGAUGUUAAGUGCCGCGACAAGUUCCUGGUCCAGUCUGUACCCAUCACCGGCGACAAGGAGUUUGUCAGCAUUCAGGAGAUUUGGGACGGUGUCGCCAAAUCCGACGUACAAGAGAAGAAGAUUCGUGUCGUUUUCCUGCCCGCAGACGGAAAGCCCGGUGCUACGCUCGGCACUCCCGCCAAGCAGUCUCAGACGAAUGGGGUCGAGGCUACUCCCGAGCCGCCAUCGCACACCUUCGCCUCUCCCCGCGAGGGCGAUGCUGCAGAUAACGCACCUCGCCUCUCCGACGACUCCCUCGCCUCCCCCGAGACCGACCGCAAGGUCAAGCCCGAGUCGGAAACGGGAUCGUCGGUCCUGGCCGGAACCGCACCUAUUGUCAAGGAGACGUACGAGGAGCUCAAGCAGCAGCUGGCUCGCGCAAAGGACGAGAUCGCGGCUCUGACGGCCUCGGCGGGUCUACGGCAGCGCAAGACGACCAGCACCCAGGAGUCGGGAGAGAAGGCGGCAACCUCACAGCCGCAGCUGCAACAAGCUGUUCGCCAAGGAACCGAGGGUGUCCCCGUUCAGAUGGUCGCUAUGCUGUGCCUGCUCAGUUUCCUGCUCGCCUACUUCUUCUUCUAA